CAGUUCUGUGUAUUUCAGGACAUCUCUCACAACAGUGUUACCAAAGCCCAAGCUGUUACCAGGAUGGAUGGUCCCAAUCCACCCGUUCAGUCCGAGCAUGUGGACGGCGGUGGGUCUCUCCCUUGUUGUGUCGACGGUGGCGCUCCACGCGACUUCCCGAGCCAGCGUCAGGAUAUUAGGGUCAGGAGAAGGCAAACCUGUGGUCAACAUGUACUCCACGUGGGUGGAGUGCGCAUUUCGCACAAUGGGGCUACUGGUACUGCAGGUGCCACCGGACGAGCGCGACUUCAGCACCCUUCGUCACGUGCCCAUGCGCCAUCUUGUCACUUGGCUCAUUCUCUUCUACUUCGUGGUGACGACGGGAUACUCCGCCGGCCUUGCGUCUGUGCUUACUCUGCCGAGAUAUGAGCCUCCGAUCGAAACGCCAGCUGAGAUGGCAGAUCGUAAUAUAAAAUGGGGCGGUAUGGAUGUCGCAUACGUGUUCUUCUUGCAGCAGUCUCUGGAUCCAAAAAUGAAGAGAUUGGCAAGCAAUUUCAUUGAGGGAGAUGAAGAGUACCUGACAAAGGCAGCAGCUACUGGGGAGAUGGGUUUCGUAAUUGAAAGGAUGCAAAACGGUCACUUUUUCCUGCCGUCAUUCAUCAAUGAAGACACGAUGGAGAAGCUGCGUGUAAUGAAGGAGGACUACGUGUACGGGCACUGCGUCUUCAUGCUGCGCAAGGGGUCCCCCUACAUGGGGAUCAUCAACUCUAUAGUCCACAAGGUGCGUGACACGGGGCUGGUCUUGUACUGGGAGGACGUCACUGUCAGGCGCUACAUGUCCACAAGACGCCAGCUUUCCGUCAUCAACAGCCGAAAGGAGGUGGACCCUGGCCCUACACAACUCCUGCUUCGCCAUGUGACGGGCUCGUUCUACUUGCUGGGCUAUGGAAUGGCUCUAUCUGUCUUCGUUUUCAUAUCGGAGGUGUUCAUAUACAAAUAUCUGAAAGUGGAGAUCACAGUCCAAAGCGGAUGAAGCGUCCGACACAUGUUUAACGAAACCCCAGCCAGUCGCAUAGUGGGCACAGAUACACAGUACUUAGAAUAGUUACCGUAGUUUCAAUGACCUGUCCACAGUACGACAGACAUGGGAGGAACCCAUCUCUCCGCCCCAGUUUAUGUUUUAAAGUUGGAACACACAAACAAUAUGAAAACUGGGAACACAGUUAACCGACUCAGAGAAGUUCCAGCUGAAUCGUAAAGACGGACACACUCUGGCGGGUGUAAUGUUGUAAAAUUAAGGACUGUCCCAUGCUUUCCGAGAAGAAUAUGUACUCAUACAUCCACAUGCAUGCACUCCUAGGCUCUCCUACAUAUACCGUUCCUCUUGUAUUACUAUAUUAUACGAAUGUAAAUUAUAAUUGUUCUAAAUACGUUUGCUGUUAUGCCACAGUGAAAUGCCAUGAUGCUCUUAUUAUGAUUGACUUACUAACCCUUUAUAGCACAGUGGUAAUUGUAUGUACCGCCUACUUUAACAUACCAAAAUUAUGAGUUCUGUCCACAGAGUUCAUGUGUAGGUUUAUCACAAAAAAAUAACAGCGACUGUUUCCCUAAAC